GACCACACCCUCACCUGUGUGGCGAGUCGGCUCCUCACCCUGCUCCGCCGCGGUCGAACUCGUGAAACUUCUGCAAAUUCAGGAACCACGAGAUCAGCCCUGUUCUGAUAAACACUAGACGAAAGAGAGCGUUGUCUCGCUCCGCGUUGCACCGAGGAGCAAACAUGAGGGACACGGGAGAAGCAGGCGGUGGAGGAGACAAAAGCAGCAAAUCUGAGAAGGACCAGAGUUGGAUCCCCAAAAUCUUCAAGAAGCGAAUCUGCACCACCUUUGUGGAAGAUUCUUCCAGCAAUGGGGCCCUUUGCCAGUGUGGAGGCACGCGAGAUACCCAUGCAUCCGUGGCCCUGGGUGACUACUUCAGCACCGCCAUGGUCAACCAUUGGGACAGUGCCCAGCACUCCUCAGAAUACCCAACUGAUGCCUUCGGAGAGCUGCAGUUCGCAGGAGCCAGCAAGCGGCAUAGUUAUUUCCUGCGGAUGUCAUGGGACACUCCUCCGUCAAUGGUCUACACCCUCAUGACGACACACUGGGGACUCCCCUCCCCGAACCUUGUGGUUUCUGUAGUGGGAGGAGAAGGCUGUGCAAAAGUGAAGACCUGGGUCAGAGAAGUCCUCAGACAGGGAUUGGUGAAAGCCUCCCAAAGCACAGGUGCCUGGAUCCUGACUGCAGGCCUGCGUGAAGGAGUCGGGAGGUGUGUCGGUGAAGCAGUGAGGGAUCACGCCACUGCCGCUUCAUCACUCUCCCUCAACAAAGUCGUGGCUGUUGGGGUUGCUCCCUGGGGUGUCGUCCAAAACAGAGAGCACUUGGUCAACCCACAGGGUAGUUUUCCUGCCAAGUAUUAUGCCCAGAAUACAACCCGUGAUUCUAGCUGCCUGGACAACAACUACCAGGCUUUCCUGCUGGUGGAUGAUGGCAGUGUGGGGUGCAGAGGAGGGGAGACCUCUUUCAGGGCCAAACUGGAGGACUACAUUUCCCACCAGCGCACUGGCAUUUGGGCGAGCGGCAGCAUUGACAUCCCUGUGCUGUGUAUGCUUGUGUCUGGAGAAGCCAGCCUCAUGGAGAGAGUCGAUCUCUCCCUGAAAAGCCUGAUGCCAUGGCUGGUGUUGGCGGGCUCAGGAGGCUUGGCUGACUUCAUCACUGAUGUCCUGGAGAAGUUGUCAUCCGUCCAGUCCUCUGGGGAGGGAGACCCGGAGGCGGGCCCAAGUGUCGACCUGAGAGAGAAACUGGUUGAACGAGUCAGGAAGUUUUUCCCCUCUGAAGUCGAGACAGACAAGCUUGUCGAGCACGCUUUGAGCAUCUACCAGAACAAAGACCUGAUCACAGUCUACCACGGAGAGCAGGAUGGCCCCAAUGACUUUGAUACAGUGUUGCUAAAAACUCUAGUGGGAGCCAGCAAGCAGCGAGCAUCUGUGGACGCCAGCCCGUACAACGAGGAGCUGAAGCUGGCUGUCACCUGGAACAGGGUUGACAUUGCCAAGAGCGAACUGUUCAAUGGCGACAUCCAGUGGAGGUACGAUGACCUGGAAGACUCGAUGACCGACGCCCUGAUCAACGACAAGCCGCAGUUUGUUCGCCUCUUCACGGAGAACGGCCUGAACAUCAUCGACUACCUCACCUACGGCAGGCUGGAGAGCCUCUACCGCUCAGUUGCGGACACCACUCUGCUGUACCAGCUUCUCCAGCGCUGCCUGGUGGAGAGACUUGGCACUGCGUCCUCGGGGCACUCGCCUCAAAAUCAGCAAAGCUCUCCCCACAAAGUCACGGAGAAAAUCCACAGUGGACCGGUGACGGAGAUCACUCUGUUUGAGGUGUCUGGCGUUCUGGAACUGUUGAUGGGAGACGUCUGCCAGCCCUUCUACUUCAAAGCUCUAGGACUCGAACGUAUCUUAUCCAAAAGAAGAGCCCUCAAGCGUGCCAGUAAGCUCCUGCGGGGGGAAUGUUUGUACAGAGAGAAGCGCUGUCUCUUCCCCUGGGCCUCUCUCUUCAUCUGGGCGGUUCUCCAGAAUCGCAGUGAGAUGGCCAACAUCUUUUGGGAGAUGGCAGGUGAAUCUGUGCUGAGUGCACUCAGUGGGUGCAAGAUUCUACGGGAACUGUCUAAACUGGAAGUGGAAACAGAAACUAAACUCUCAAUGAAGGAGCUGGCCCAGCGCUUUGAAAAUCUGGCGCAUGACAUCUUCAGCUCCUGUUACAGGAGCAAUGAAAGUCGCUCCUUCACCCUGCUGAUCAGGAAAUCUCCGGUGUGGGGCGGAACCACCUGCCUUCAGAUGGGAAUGGGAGCCGACGCCCGGCUGUUCUUUAGCCACGAUGGGGUCCAGUCGCUUUUGUCACAGAUUUGGUGGGGCGACAUGAAGAGGAACACAGAAGUGUGGAAACUGUUGCUCACUUUCUUCUGCCCGAUUCUCUGCUACACCAACUUGAUAUCCUACAGGACUUCAGAUGACCAACAACAACAAGAGGAAGGGAAGCCCAUUGAUGAUGGAGUCGGCCGCGACAGCGACAGUCUCUACGGCACAACCAUCUUCUCCUUCUCAGACAUCAAGCACAUUGACGCUGACACACAAGGGCACAUCUCUCCACGAUCCAUGGCAGUCCAAGGCACUCCAAACUCCCCUAGACCACCGAAGCGGCCCUUUAUUGUAUCAAGAUGGCGUCAGUUUUGGUUCGCUCCAGUGACGUCAUUUUUCGGCAACGUGUUGAUGUACUUCCUCUUCCUCCUGGUCUUUGCGUACGUGCUGCUGGUGGAUUUCAAGCGUCCUCCACCUGCUGGCCCGGCGGUCAGCGAAUACGUGCUCUACUUCUGGGUGUUUACCAUCGUCUGUGAGGAGAUCCGGGAGACUUUUUUUGUGGGUACGAUGACGUUGCGGCAGAGGAUCCGAGUUUACAUCCAGGACGUGUGGAACAAGUGUGACCUUGCUGCCAUCAUUCUGUUUAUCAUCGGACUCAUCUGCAGGAUGUUUGAAUGGUCCUAUGAAUUUGGUCGAGAGGUUCUGUGCGUGGACUACAUGGUCUUCACUCUUCGCCUCAUCCACAUCUUCGCCAUUCACAAGCAGCUGGGACCCAAAAUCAUCAUAGUGGGGAAGAUGAUGAAAGACGUCUUCUUCUUCCUCUUCUUCCUGGGGGUGUGGCUGAUGGCAUACGGUGUAGCCAAUCAGGCUCUGCUUUACUCCUACGACCCUCGUCUGGAUCGAAUUUUCCGCCGGGUUUUCUACCGACCGUACCUCCACAUCUUUGGACAGAUCCCUGUGGAGGAGAUGGAUGUGGGUAAAGAGUGGGACAUGCCCUGCACAAGCAACGUGACUCUGAUCCAUGAGGGUGCAGAGCCCUGUCGAACCAUGGACAGUAACUGGCUGGUUGUGAUUCUCCUGGUGGUCUAUCUGCUGGUCACCAACAUUCUGCUCAUCAACCUACUCAUCGCAAUGUUUAGUUACACCUUCUCAGAAGUGCAGGCCAACAGUGAUAUCUACUGGAAAUUCCAGCGCUACAAUCUCAUCGUUCAGUACCACUCCCGGCCCUCGCUGGCGCCACCUUUCAUCAUUCUGUCACACAUCAAUCUCUUCAUCAAACGCGUCAUCCGCAAGGUUCCGUCAAUCAAGAUUCACCACUUUGUUUUGCAGUUAAAAGGAAAGGCAGCCAACAGACUGAUGACAUGGGAAACAAUUCAGAAGGAAGAUUUCCUCACAGCUCAGAACAAAAUCCAAAAAAGCAGUGACUCAGAAAGACUGAAAAGGAUGUCUGUCAAGGUUGAUGGAGUGGUGAAACAACUGAGCGACACCAGAGAUUUGGACCACAGACUCAGGACUUUGGAGAACGAGAUGGAAUAUUGCACCAAUGCUCUCAGCUGGAUUGUUGACACUCUGGCACAAGGAAGCAACUAUAAACCCGCACGGCCCCCACCUGCUCUGAGAGAGUCCUUCCUGUCCUCUAACUCCACCUGAGGAAUUCUCAGCGACAGGAUCCAUCUCCUAUGUGAGCUAAAGUGAGGCCCCGCUGCUCGGCCUGUUACAGGCCGUACAAGUUUUCUGUAAUGGAGCAGCAAGUCUUCAACCGUUACAUCCGUGAACGCACAUUUUUAAACCUAUAUUUAACUUUUUUAUUUAUAUUUUGCAUUGUCCUCAUCACGACAUUCCAGUGCUGGAUUGAAACACUGACUGUGGGUUGAAUUUUUUUUUUUAUAUACACUGUUAAGUAAGGAAUUAUGGUGUUCUGGGUCACAGUUUAAUUAGAGUUAAUGUUCAUACAGGUAUAAAGUGCAAUUAAACUUAAUUGAUGUGGAUUCUGUGGUGUUGUUGUGAAUAUGCUUUUUAAAAUAAACUAUUUUCCUUCCAUA